CUCUUAUUUACAUCAUAAAGGGGAGGCAACUCAGGCGGUGAGUUUUUUUCUCUUGUCGUCUCCGGAGAGAGAGUAAUUGAAGAGAGGAAAAUAGAAGAGCGGACGAACAUGAUAUUAAGAGCAAAUCAAUCGCUGACUCUAUGGAGUUUCUUCAGGCGUUGUGGAAAUGAGGAACGGCGUUUCUUAAAAAAGACGAGUAUCGAUUUUCAGAACAUCAACGACAGAAAAGUGAUAGUAUGCGGGCUCCGCUCCAGUUACAGUAAACGGCCACGCUCUAAAUGUGUAUUGUCCAAAGAGAGCAUUCAAGUGAUUCAUGCACUCAAACUCGCCAAAUCCAAAUCCUCUGAGAAGCUCCAUCAAAUUCUCAACUCAAGCCUCACUAGGCUUCUCAAUCGUGACCUCUUAGACGUCUUGGCUGAGUUACAAAGACAAAAUGAACUCCAUUUAUCCCUCAAGGUUUUCAACUUCAUUCGCGAGGAACCAGAAUAUGAUAAGAUGCUGUCGUUAUAUGCUGACAUGAUAUUGUUGCUGGGAAGAAACAAGAUGAUUGAGGAAGCUGAAGAGUUGUUUUCGGAGGUGGUGGAAAGAGGGUUGAAACCGGAUACGAGGAUGUGUACUGAGAUGAUUGGGGCGUAUUUACAAGUUGGUAUGAUUGACAAGGCAAUGGAGAUAUACGGAUCCAUGAAAGAGAAUGCAUUGGGGUGUUCACCUGAUAAGUUGACAUUUACCAUAUUGAUUAGGAACCUUGAAAAGAAUGGACAAGAAGAGCUGGCUGCUACUUUGAAACAGGAAUGUGUUGACUAUGUCGAAUCACCCGAUAAAUUCCUUAAAGAAGUCGACCAAAUACAUGGAAGAAAGAGAUAUCUCAAUCUUGCAUGAAAAUUUCCAGCAGUGGAUGAUGGUCUUGUUGGAGUGAUGGAUAGUAGAUGAAACUUCAUUAUUGUAUUGUAGUAUCAUUUUACUGGAGGCUGACUGGGAGCCUUCAAACUUGGAGCUUCAAUUCAAACAUAUCUGUGAUUGUUGGUGGCGACUGUCGAAUUGGUGGUAAUGUUGCGUGAUAGGUUGCAAUGGCUUAGGCAUGGCAGGUAGCUAUAUACUGGUGAUGCUGCAAUAUUGAUAUCAUCUGUACUUCUGAUUUUAAUAAUAAUAAUGAGGAAUGGUUUUUGCGGCAGAGCUUGGCUAUUAUCCCGGAAAUCGAGUUAUUAUGUUAUUAUUUGAUCUUGGCUUGUUGAAAGAAACCGUUGAUUUUCAGCUAUAUGCUUUGAAGCUCGUUUCGUUUUCUCUUGGUUUGUGCCACGAUAUAUUAGCAGAGCAUAGU